CACAGACAACAACAGGAGCUGCCACUCAAAACAAAGGACAAAGCCAACACCAAGGGAGACGCAUUGCUGAUCUUCAGAGAAACUUUUUUUUUUCUCUUUUUUUCUCUAACUGAGCAUUUGCUAACUGCAAACAAACUCUCAUUUCUGCAUAAAUUUACAUUUGCAGCUCAUCUCACCAUGAGAUGCCACACUUUAGUUGUGUGUUUAUUUUUUGGGAUAUGCAUUCAGGAUGGAUGGAGCAUUCCCCUCAAGUCUGUCAAGUCUGUCAAGUCUGUCUUUGUCAGCUUUCCAGGAGACAUCAUUAAAAACAUGACCGAUUCGGAGCUGGCACAAAAUUAUCUGAAGAAGUUUGGGUACUUGGAGACGGACUUAGACAUGGACAAGGACGAGGACAUCAGGUACCGCAGUGAUUUCCAAGCUAUGAGGUCCAUCUCCAAGGCUUUGACCAGGAUGCAGAAGCAUCUGGGGCUGGAGGAGACAGGACAGCUGGACAGGUCCACACUGGAUGCCAUGAAACGGCCUCGUUGCGGUGUUCCUGAUGUUGCCAACUACAAGACCUUUGACGGGGACCUGAAAUGGGACCAUCAUGAAGUUACUUACAGGAUCAUUAACUAUUCUCCCGACUUGGAGAGCUCUUUGAUUGAUGACGCCUUUGCUAGAGCCUUCAAGGUGUGGAGUGAUGUGACGCCUCUGACUUUUACUCGCCUCUUUCAAGACACUGCUGACAUAAUGAUUUCAUUUGGAACCCUUGAUCAUGGAGACCCAUACCCAUUUGAUGGUAAGGAUGGCCUCCUGGCUCACGCCUACCCUCCGGGUGAAGGUCUGCAGGGAGAUGCCCACUUUGAUGAUGACGAGUACUGGACUCUGGGAAAGGGGCCAGUUGUGAAGACCAGCUACGGGAAUGCAGAGGGUGCCUUGUGUCACUUUCCCUUCACUUUUGAUGGAAAAUCCUACACCACCUGCACCACCGAGGGCCGCGAAGACAACCUGCCAUGGUGUGCGACCACAGCUGACUACGAUAAUGACAAGAAAUAUGGUUUCUGCCCAAGUGAACUUCUCUACACAUUCGGAGGAAACGCAGAUGGAGCUAAGUGCACCUUCCCCUUCGUCUUUAUGGACAAAGAGUAUGACAGCUGUACCGCAGAGGGCCGGAAUGAUGGGUACCGCUGGUGUGCCACCACAGACAACUUCGACAAGGACAAGAAAUAUGGAUUCUGCCCCAGUCGUGACACAGCUGUAAUUGGAGGAAAUUCUCAGGGAGAGCCCUGCCACUUCCCCUUUACGUUCUUGGGACAGGAGUAUAAUUCAUGUACAAGUGAGGGGAGAGGAGAUGGCAAGUUGUGGUGCAGUACCACUGACGACUAUGAUGAAGACAAGAAAUGGGGCUUCUGUCCUGACCAGGGUUAUAGUCUGUUCCUGGUGGCAGCUCAUGAGUUUGGACAUGCCCUGGGCUUGGAUCACUCCAGCAUUAGAGAUGCUCUUAUGUUCCCCAUGUACAGCUACGUGGAAGACUUUUCCCUGCACAAAGAUGACAUUGAAGGCAUUCAGUAUCUCUAUGGAAGUAAAACAGGCCCUGACCCUACCCCACCUCAACCCAACACUCCUACUACUACUGCCUACCCAGACACUGAUGAGACUGACCCCACAGAUGAGCCUGAACCCACUGAUGACCCCAUCACCACCUCCCCAACUCCCGUGGAUCCGAGCAAAGAUGCAUGCAAGAUGAUUAAAUUUGACACGAUCACUACGAUUGAAGGAGAUCUAUAUUUCUUCAAAGACGGACAUUACUGGAAGAAGGGUAGAAGGGAUUCGGCGGCCAAGGGACCGUUCUCUAUCUCACAGAAGUGGCCCGCUCUACCAGCUGUGAUUGACUCAGCCUUUGAGGACAUUCUCACCAAGAAAAUUUACUUCUUCUCAGGGACGAAAUUCUGGGUAUAUACAGGCAAGAACACUGUGGGUCCACGCAGUAUUGAGAAGCUUGGUCUGCCCAACACCAUUCAGAAGGUGGAAGGAGCACUGCAGAGAGGGAGAGGCAAGGUGCUGCUUUUCAGUGGAGAAAACUUCUGGAGGUUGGAUGUAAAGGGCCAGAAAAUAGACAAAGGCUACCCCAAAUAUACUUAUUCUGUGUUUGGUGGUGUCCCUUCUGAUGCUCAUGAUGUAUUCCAUUACAACGGUCACACCUACUUCUGCAGAGACCGGUUCUACUGGCGGAUGAAUUCCCGCCGGCAGGUGGACCGCGUUGGCUACGUCAAAUACGACCUCCUCAAAUGUGCCUCAGGAACAUCCGGCUCGCCGCGCAGGAAGCGAGGAGAGACUCAUGGCGCCCGACUAGAAAGAAACCAGCGAUUAUCGGCUGCCAAUUCCGCGUCCCGAUCGCCGCCUCCACGCCGAACGACACCCUCCUCUUCGCGUACGGACGCUAUGGAUUCGGAGGAGAAUGAGGUGGAGAGCAGCAGUGAUGCAGGCCCUUCAGGGAUGGAGGAGCCGUCUGAAAGCGGAAUGGGCAUGGAGUCAUCAGAGGCCAUGUCUGCAGACAGCAGUGAUGCUGCUGCCUCUCAUGUUCAGGCUCCAGAGUCGGACUGUCAUGUUGGACAGAGCUCAGAGGGAGUUGUGGUGUUCAUCCCAGAAACCAGCUCUAGUACAGAUGUCAGAGUUUCAUCCGUCCAUCUCCCGGACUCCUCCUCUGUGGCUCAGUCCACCAGCGUGUCCAGUGUCUCCACCGUGACUCAGUCGGUGCUGGUGUCUGAAUCGGCUCAAGUGCUGGUCCACUCCAGUGCCGUGUCUGAAGGAGCCAUGAUGGUUUCUGACUCCACUGCCUCUACUUCUUCAGAUCUGGGAUCUGCCAUUGAUAAGAUCAUCGAAUCCACCAUUGGCCCCGAUAUCAUGAAUGGUUGCAUUGCAGUGACGAGUGCGGAGGAUGGAGGUGCAGAAACUACCCAGUAUUUGAUUCUACAGGGGCCGGAUGAUGGUGCUCCUAUGGUAGCCCAGAUGUCAUCUUCUGUCUUGUCCAACCGUGUAACCAUAGAAGCUCUCAACGAAGGUCCCACGUCCACCUGUUUGGAGCAAGGAGACCUGCGGAGGAGUCUUGAACCGGACCAGCCUGAUGAUCAGCCUGGACACUCGGGUUACCCAGAGGACAGCAGCAGUCAGCCUGACCAGCCCCAACACUCCCACCCCUCCCAGUACAUGGACUGCAGUGCAGAUGGCCCGGACCAGACAGAGGAGUCUUCAUCUUCCUAUGUGGAGUGUUCAGGUGAGGAACCUGACCAGACUCGCUCCCAGUCAGGCUUUCCUGACUACAGUGGGAACAACAGUGACCAGGACAUGCUGGGAUACGUGGAGUGCAGUGGCGCUGACUCAAAUCCCACCAGUCAUAGUCACUAUGUGGUGGAAUGCAGCACUGGGUAUCUUGAGUGCGCGGUGGACGAGGGAGAGCAGGCACAUCAUUCCCGCAGUUACAUUGACAGUAGCGCUGACCACCGGACGCAGACAAGUCGCCAGUACGUGGCUGAUUAUGGUGGGGAGUGCAUUGCAGCUGCAGAUUCUGAGCAGCCCGGUUGUUCUCGGUACCAAGUAAAAGAUGAUGAAGAUGAUGAGCAGAACCAGGAUCCAGAUCAGCCGCAGCACUCACAACAGCAGCCCCAGCACUCCUAUUACAUGGAGAACAGCAAUGGCCCCGAGGCAUCGGUUUAUGCCGAUGACAGCUCCUCAUCCGACCAGCUGUUGGCAGACACAGCUGGUUCAGGUGGACUCCCCGAGGCCAUGGAGUGCAGUGAGAGUCAGGCCGGGCUCUACAUCAGCAGCAGCGGCACAUAUGCUUCCAACACAGAACCCGACCUGGCACAACAGAGCUCCCCGAGCCCAGAGGAGCCCCAGGGCUCCCAGGACGACACCAGAUCGUCCAGGGAAGGAGAAGUAUUAAAUGUGGCAGAGGGCUCUGGGGACCAGCCGCCAAACCUGGCUGAGUUAGAGGAGAUGAUGGAGGUCGUGAUCGUACACCAGUUCAGGUGUAAGAUGUGUCCGUACAAGAGCGCCUCCAAGGACACACUCAUCAACCACAUGAGAGACAAACACUUCAAACCUGCAGGGGAAACUCCAAAGAAACGAAAACGUGGACGGCCUCCCAAGAGUGAGACAUUAGCCCGUCAGAAGGCAGAGAGGGAGGAGGUGGAAAAGAGACAGGCAGCUGAGGUAAAUGCUGCUAAACCCCGACAAGGAGAAGAAGAAGAGGAUGAUUUGGUAGAUGCUGGUGCUAUCGAUGAUCCUGCUGAGGACAGUGACUACAACCCAGCAGAUGAGGACAGCAAAGGAAGAGCUCCUGCUGUCAUGAAGAAGCCCUCCACUCCCAUCUCCUCCUCCUCCUCCUCGCAAGGGCGCCCACGGCGAAAGGUUGGCCGUCCAAGGAAGUACUGCGCUUCAGAUGAGGGCUACAACAGCAAGGAGGCAGAAAGCGUUGAGAAGCAGCCAGUGGAUAAUGUAGAGGCUAGUCCAUCGAGAGAGGCAAGCUCCUCUGGUUUAGGCAGCGUUCCAGUCAUGGAAACCAAUGGAGUCAAAGCUGAGGCAUCAAUAAGCCAGUCGGACUCUGAGAACAAAGACCCUUCGUCCAACUCCAUGCAGGACGAGGAGUUCUUACCAAGGAAACGUGGCAGACCUUCCAAGCGCUUCUUACGCAAGAAAUAUAAGAAAUAUAUAAACAGAAGUCGGUACUAUAAAUCCCUCAAACCUCUCCUGCGGCCUCACAACUGCUGGAUCUGUGGUUCCCGCUUCCUCACUCAAGAGGACCUGCGCUUCCAUGUCGACUCUCAUGAAGGCAGCGAUCCCGAGUUGUUCAAGUGUCUGCAGUGCAACUAUCGCUGCAAGCGCUGGUCUUCACUCAAGGAGCACAUGUUCAAUCAUGAGGGUACAAAGCCUUUCAAAUGUGAAGAGUGCGAUUACUCAAGUGUUUACAGGAAAGAUGUAAUUCGACACUCAGCAGUCCACAACAAAGAGAAGAAAAGAAAGACUGAAUUGGCACCAAGGAUGUCAGAGUUCCCCUGCCCGGUGUGUGGCAGGGUCUACCCCAUGCAGAAGAGACUGACCCAGCACAUGAAAACCCACAGUUCAGAGAAACCCCACAUGUGUGAUAAGUGUGGUAAAUCCUUUAAGAAGCGGUACACCUUCAAAAUGCACCUGCUGACACACAUUCAGUCUCUUGGAGACAAGUUUAAGUGCGAGUUUUGUGACUACUCCUGUGAAAACAAGAAGCUCCUGCUGAACCAUCAGUUGUCUCACACCAACGACAGGCCCUUCAAGUGUGACUACUGUAAAUAUUCCACUUCAAAAGAGGAGUUUCUGGUCUCCCACCUGGCUAUCAAACACACAGGGGAGAAGCCUUUCUCCUGUGAUAUGUGUCACUUCAUGACCAAGCACAGGAAGAACCUGCGUCUCCAUGUGCAGUGUCGCCAUCCUGAGGCUUUUGAGGAGUGGUCUGUAGCUCACCCCGAGGAGCCUGUGAGGAGACGGCGGAGACCCUUCUUCUCCCUGCAGCAGAUAGAGGACGUCAAGCACCAACAAGACGACUCACAGGAUUUGCCAAACACCAUUGUCACUGUGGAUUCGGCAACAUUACAAGCCAUGCAAGGUAUGGAAAAUGCCUCGGUGUCCCAGGAUGCAUUGGGAAAUACAACUAUCAUCUACGAACAAGGGGAAUCCAGUGAUCUGUCGGCUCAAAGUGCUCUAGACUUGCUCUUGAAUAUGAGCAAUGCUCGGGAACUAGUUGGAAACUCCUUACAGGUUGCAGUGCUGAAUUCAGAUGGAAAAGCUAUGGAGAAGGGGACUGUGAGCGCAAUAAGCACAGCACCAGGCCAGCCUCAAAAAAUCGUGACCUUCCAUGUGACCGAGAAUGGUGAGACGGUGCUACAAGAGGCCUACGAGGCAGCCACCUCUGAAGCAGGAGAUCUCAAUCACAUCGCCAUUGAAGGCUAUGAGGGUGACGGGGACUUCAGCGUGGUGGAACAGACCGGAGAAAUCCAUAAUUCUGGUUAUAGUAAUGGUGAGAGCAAUUCUCCUCAGGCGUUGGAAGUCUCUGGGUCAGACAAUCUAAAAAAUGACAAGUACUAUCUUACUUCAGAACUUGCUGAUGGUGUACUUCAACAAGUGGAGCUGAGUAGUGAAGCCCCAGCCUCUCCGUCUGCAGUGAGCUCUCCCAGCCUCAGCACCAAGAGGUUUUCCUGUCGAAUCUGCAUGGAGUCUUUCCACGGACGCUCUGACAUGGAGAACCACAAGAGGUCGCACUUGGAUCCCCACACUUUCAAGUGUCCUGACUGCGAUUUCACCUCCACCUCCUGGCCGGAGGUCAAGACUCACACGGAGCUGCAUUCCUACCUGCGACCUCAUAAGUGCUCAAGCUGCAGCUUUGCCUCAAAGAACAAGAAAGACCUGCGCAGGCACAUGAUGACCCAUACCAACGAGAAACCCUUUGGUUGCAAACUUUGUGGACAGAGAUUUAACCGUAAUGGUCAUCUGAAGUUUCACAUGGAGCGUCUCCACAAUCAGGAGCAUCCGGCACGCAAAAGCCGCGGCACAUCUCAGCAAACGAUCAUCGUUCACAGUGAUGAGGAGGCUCUAGCCACGCUGCAGUCCCUACAGGCUCAUCAGGGGGUGAUCACUCCAGAGCGGUUGCAGGCCCUGGGACAAGAUCACAUUAUUGUAGCUCAAGACCAGGCGCUAUCAGACCAGGAGGAAGGUACCUACAUCCAGCAGAUAACCACCAUAGAUGGGCAGACUGUUCAGCAGCUGAUGUCAGGAGAUAAUCAGGUUCAUGAGGUCCAGUACAUCAUCUCACAGGAUGGAGUUCAGCACAUAAUCCCUCAGGAGUAUUUAGUAGUAGCUGAUGGUAACCACAUACAGAUGCCAGAUGGACAGAUAAUCCAGUAUGAGCAUGAGCAACAGAUUGCUGUAAGUCAUGACGGUCAGAUCCAGUACUUGCCCGUGAGUUCAGAGCAACAAGUAGUGGACCCUGAAGAGUUGGACGCUGCUGCCCACUCUGCUGUCACAGCCGUAGCAGACGCAGCCAUGGUGCAGACCCAGACGGUCUACACUGAAGCUACACCUGAACAGCUGGAGCAUCUGCAGCAACAGGGCAUCCACUAUGACGUCAUUACUUUCACCAAUGAGUAUAUCCCUCAUCUAAAAGGGCAGCAGAGAAUCGAGGAGCUUCAACACAUUUUGCUGAGACUCUCCUUUCCCCCGUUGUACAACAGCUACAUCAAGUUCUGCUGCAAGCUGUAUCCUGGAGGAUGCUACAAGGUGUUGGACAGUGCAGGGUAUACGUACGACUCACUGAGUGGAAGGGUUACAAAAGAAGAGAGAAAUGGAUGGAUUGAGUUUCAAAUAUCAAAUGUGCAGCUUAGCGAUGCAGGUUAUUACAGGUGUGCUAUUCUGGGAGGCCCAAACCAAAUCUAUGCAGACUAUUAUGUCGAGGUUUCUGAAGCUUCAGAUCAUUCCCCCCAGACUCAGUCUCCACUGACAACAACCAUCAAAACCCCAAAAACCUCCACAGCACUGCCGGAGUCCACCGGGCCCAUCUCAGCUCAGGACCACGGUGACAGUAGCAGAUCUCCCUGGAGUUUUACUCUCCCACUGGCUGUCCUCGUGUCCAUGACCAUUGUGAUUUCCAUCACUUCAGGGAUUGCCAUUGUUUUCUGCAGAAGCAAAGCAAGAUGUCAACAGUCGGACAUAUAUGGAGAAACUGUGUGUGAGCCAGUGAAACAAGAGGCCCCGGAAAUGAGUGGCACGAUCUACACAACAGUGGACUUCAGACCUCAAAAGAUCCCCGAGGUUGUGUACGCAAACCUGCACGUGCACAAAACAGAGGCAGACGCCCGCGACGCAGAGCGUGCUGGGAUGGUGGAGUACUCCACGCUGGCAAUCCAUCAGUGAUUUGCAGAGUUUGCAGGACCACUUUGUUUGUUUGUUGCUCUUCAUAUGAAGAUUUAUUAUUAAGAGCU